AUGGGUAGUCCUUUUAAAAGGUUCUACAACAGAACUAUUGCUAUUGUCCUUGAGUCUGGUAUUCUGUACCCUGUACUUCUCACUGCAGAAGUUGCCUUGGUUUUAAAUGAGGACAAAAUAGCAAUGGUAGUUGACUUAUUGCCCACUGUUGUAUUAGCUGCUGGUAUUGCUCCAGCUUUGAUAGUUGUUCGAGCACACUAUGGUAAAAAGUCCUCCAAUGACUGGGAGAGCAUGGCAGCAGCUCACAUCUCAGAUAUACAAUUUGGUAACUUAUCACCCCAGAUUGCAUCUGGUGAAGAAGGUGGGCAUGACAUUCAAAUUGGUGGUGCAGAGGAGCCUGAACAGAGGAAUGAGAAUGUCAAGCUUGGGAUGUUGUCUGUGUAA